AUGAGAAGCGGCCAACGGCACCGCCCACACUGGCUGUCAGACCCCAACCACGCCCCCCGGAACUACAAUGCAAUGCUUGUCGCUCUGUACUCAGAACUGACAUUGCACAAUCUGUAAUAUUACUGUUGGCAAGAGCAGAUUCGCCCACCAUAAGACCUGAUUGUUAUAUCCGAUUUUAAAAUAAAGUGGAGGACGCGACUCCACAAGUCCGUGUGGUCCAGAGCUCUGUAUUUUGGUAUAUUUGUAAACGCUGUGGAAUUUAUGGCUGUUGCGAAUGUGCUGGUGAGAAUGGGUUUAUGGGUCCCGCUGCUAGUACUGGCAGCCUGGCAGUACGGCGCGAAGAGAAUCUAGACGCAACCCUGCCAGUACUGCGUCUGCUGCAGCUUGUUAUGAGCCACUCCAGUCCUGCUGCCAGUAGAACAGGAGUCUAGAGACAGAACUCCAGCAGGAAAUAUCUGAAAAUCGAGAACAUGGAGACUCCUGACUCACUCUCGGCCAAAUUUGAGGGGUCUUUUGCUUACUUUACAGUUAAAGACCGACUGCCUCAAAUUCUAACCAAAGUGAUUGACACUGUGCACCGAAAUAAAAAUAAGUUCCUGGAAGAAUAUGGAGAGGAAGGCAUCGAGGCAGAAAAGAAAGCUUUGUCUUUCUUUUCAAAACUAAGGAACGAGAUGCAGACCGAUAAGCCCAUCCUUCCAAUUACCGAUAACCAGCCGGACACUACCAUAUGGAACCAGUACCUCAAAUACCAGGAAACCUUACUCUGCAAUGGCGAGCAGCCCAGUUGGUUCAAAUCUCCUUGGCUGUACGUGGAGUGCUAUCUGUAUCGCAGAAUUCAGGAAGGCCUUAUGUUAAGCCCACCUAUCUGCAUGUAUGACGUCUUCAAAGAAGCAAAGGAUGAAAGCUUCUUUCAAUCUCAGCCAGCGAUGUUGGCUCUCUGUACUCAUCUUCAUGAGCUGAAGAGGAACAUUGACACCAUGAACAAAGACCAGUACCAAAAAGAGUUCUUCAGACUGCUGCAGGUUUCUUUGUGGGGAAACAAAUGUGACCUAUCUAUUUCUGGUGGUGUGGACAACUCCCAGAAAUCCAGCCUUCUAUCGGCCCUGGAGUCUCUCAAACCAUUUAUAUUGGUGGAUAAUAUGGAAUCUCUCUGGAACACCCUCUCAAAGAGUAGAGAUGGGAGCACAAAGAAAGACCCAAGUAUUAGAGUUGACAUUGUUCUAGAUAAUGCUGGAUUUGAGUUGGUCACAGAUUUUGUCUUGGCGGACACCAUGUUGUCUCUAAAAUUGGCCACCGAAGUUCAUUUUCAUGCCAAGUGCAUACCUUGGUUUGUCUCGGACACCACAAAACACGACUUCAAUUGGACAAUUCAGCAGUGCCUAGCAGCCAACCACAAGUGGAUGUCAAAGUGUGGACAGAUGUGGAAAGAGAACCUGCAGAAAGGCCGCUGGGUUUAUCAUGAGCACCUGUUUUGGACUCUUCCGCACGAGUACUGCAGCAUGGCUGACGCCGCUCCUGAUUUGUAUACAGAGUUGCAAAAAUCAGACUUGGUUCUGUUUAAAGGAGACCUGAACUACAGGAAACUUACUGGAGACCGGAAGUGGGCCUUCACUGUACCCUUUUCCCAAGCACUGACAACAUUUCAUCCUGCGCCGCUAUGCAGCAUCAGAACCCUGAAAGCCGACGUGCAGGUCGGUUUACAGCCAAAUAUCGGAGAACAGCUCACGGUAUCUGAGCCGGACUGGAUGACAUCUGGCAAAUACGGAGUGAUCCAGUUUAGUCCUAUGGUAUAAUGCAGUAGUUAAAUGCAUAAUGCAAAGAUUAUUUUUCAGCUUAAUGUUUUGCGUGCUAUAUUCUUUUCUUUUUUUCAGUAUGACUAUUUCUUAUUCCAAAAAUCAACCCCUUUAGUAUACCUCCCAACAUCAGGGAGGUUGGGAGCGAAACAGUUGGUGCAUGGCCUCUCGCUCCAGGGGCAUGUCCAGCACUUCCCAAGCAGAUCGGCUGCCCCCAGUUCCUGCCCAUAGCUUAUGGAUGUCAUGUGGCACUGGAAACUGCGGGCCGCGGGUGGAAUGUCGGGGCAGUGCCCGGAAAGCUGGACUGUGGACUGUCCUGCCAAAAUAGGCAAAGUUGGGUGGUCUGCCUUUAGUAACAGGAACUUGGCAGCUGUUGUUGAACUGUGGGUCCCAUCAGUCAGCUGCCGGAGCAUACUGGAAUUUGUAGUUUAGUAGCCAGGCCAGGGUAUGGCAAUGCAGUGGUAUGUGAAUGCAUGUGUACCUGUAUGUCCCGUUCUCAGAAAGGAAAAACAUUCAUGAAGAGACUUUUCAGGAAAAAAAAAACAUACUCAGCAAUGUUACUUAGGAAUAUGACUAUCAUAAUACAUUUUUUUCCCUUCAUGUUUUAUGUGAAACCACUCUGAUAGCCUCACAGCCAAAGACAAUAGGCAACAUUUUUGAAACCUGCUGUACAGGUGACUGCAGAUAAAGAAAAACAUCCUCAUAGCGACCAAUUGGAUUCUAGUAAAGUAUACAGAAUGAAACGACCCUUCCGAUUGGUUGUUGUGGGGUAUAGCAUUUUUGGGUGUUUUUUUUUUAGAUAAGAACCAAUUUGCUAAAAGGUUUCUCGCCUUAUUUUCAGCACAGAACAGAAAUUUUGGUUUUGGUUUAAUGGCAAAAGGCAGAGUUUACUGUUAUUUAAUGUCAGGACUUGAUACAGUUCCGUUUGUUUAAAAGCUCUAUAUCUUCAAUUGUUUUUAUUAAAGAUUUUGUUUAAGUACAGGGAAGGUGUAUCGAGAAAAGGGGGAGACAAAAAAAACAAUCUGAGACAAUAACAUGCACUUAAAUAUAAUAUAAAGGAGCAAACAUACAGAAUACAAUGAUAAAUACAGGUCAUCAAAUAAGCAAAUGAGGAAUUGCAAAGGGAGAUAACUGAGUGGACUCAGACUGCCUGCUCUGGGUCCUCUGGUUCAGUUAUCCCCUUUGCAAUUCUUCACAAGUCACCCACAAGAUUGCUAUGACGGUUCGUGGGGGAAGUGUGUCUGAAGAAUCGGAGGUACAAAUGUGUCUGAGCGCACCAACUCCUUCCCCUUCAGUGACGUACAAGUGCCACACACAACAUUUCAUGAGAGGGAAGGAAGGUAGAAUAGAAUAGAGAACUUAAAAGGUUUCCGUUACAAAUUGAAACGGAACCUUGGAGAUGCAAAGAAGGAAGGUUAAGGAGAUUCCCAUAGUUGAGCUAAAGCAGCCCUAGCCACAACUACAUUUGGCCCAUCAAGUAGCUUUUGGACUUGGGUAUAGAAAGUAGGUGCCAGUGCAAUAAGACGAGAGCCGAGCCUGGUAUCAAGUCUUUAGACAUAUAAAACAUUCAACCAAAAGGAGCGGAUUUCAGAGCAGUCCCAAAAUAAAUGGAAUAGGUCCCUUUCUCCAGAGCAUUGACACCAGCCAUAUUUAGAGCAAGACGGCCACAUUUUGUAUAAUUUAGUCGGAGUAAGAUAGUCUUUGAAGCAGUUUCACAUGCAUCUCGACAUGGUCGGUCCACUUAGAUAUGCAAAAUGAGUUACUAUAGAUGUUUCCAUUAAUGGAGGGUAAAAAGUAGAGUGUAAAUCCGAUUCCCAUUGUAUGUCUUCAGCAAAUUUCUCAGACAUUUCAGACUGCAUACAUUUGUACCAGUAGGUAAUUUCUUCCUUAGAGGAACUAGUGGUCAGUCUGCUCAUAAAUUAUGCCGGUGGCAAACAAUAAGCAUUGGUCAACUUACACAUAUAACGUACCCAGUGAGCAAUUUGGAGACGCCUAUAGUAAUCGGUAGAAGGGAGUGCAUAGGUAAUUUGGAGAUGAGGAAAGGAGGGCGACAAUACUUCCCAAAAGGAAAUUAUUGAUUGUGGACAUACCAUUCGCAAUCCAUGUACUAAGGGGUAAAUUAAUGAAAUAACUAAGUGCUGUGAGGGAGAGGUUGGGGGAAGGUUGUCCAGUCAGCCCUCGGGAAGACAUUAGUAUCCCAUGCCCAGAGAGCAUCCGAGGUGGCUAGGAGGCAAAACUCAGGUAGGAAUUCCCGACAAGGCAUCCUUUUCACAGUCUACCUAGGGCUUGCAGCCAGGGGUCAAGAGACAAUUUUUUCAUUGUGAUAGAAUACAUGCCAACUGGUUUAAAGGUAGAUCCGAGCCACUUAGAAGCACUUUAUGCUAGGAGCCAUGUACUGAUGGUCAUAGUUUGCAGAAUUAUAUAGUCUGACUGAUAUUAUAUAAUUAUCAUUGUCAGUGAAAAAGAAGGUUCCCCCUUCAUAGCUUAUGGGUACCAUCCAUGUCACUGACUUGCUCAAUAUAACUGAGUGGUAAUAUCCACCCACAUGUUCUAUUCAUAUGCCACUAUUAUUAUAACGCCACAAAACAUAAGAGGUUGCCCCCGUAACUGUCAGUUGUGCCACCCAUGGCUGUGACUGCUGUGCUUUGCUGCCUUGCUGUUACAUGUAUAAAAUCAAAGCAUUAGUAUAUUAGGAUAAAAUUUCUUAUUUAACAUGAGUGUGGUUGGGUGGGUAUUUUGCAAAUCUACAUUAUAUUGUCCCUGUAGACCAGUGGUAGCCAACCCUGGUCAUCGAGAGCUACCAACAGUUCACGUUUUCCAGCUCACCUACCAGGUGCACAGGUGCAGUCAUUGACACAUUUUAAAAGAUCCACAGAUGGAGCUAAUAACUUCACUUGUGAUUCUGCGAGGAAACCUGGAAACCGUUAACUGUUGGUAGCUCUCGAGGACCAGGGUUGACUACCCCUGCUGUUCAUCGCUGGUGCCCCAUCGGCUGUGCAUGCAGGCCAAUAUCGACGAUCUCGUCCAUAUUUGCCUGCACUUCUAUGGAGCCGGGUGACGGGGGGAGUGAAGUCACUGCCCCCCGCCGUCGGGUCUCCCAUCGGCCGUAUACGCCGCCGGGCAGCUCGGCGGCGGAUAGUUAAAUGUGUAGGGCCCUUAAGUUGCAGAGCAAGAAAUGCUGAAACAAGAAAAAAGGUUUAUCAAGUUCAAAUCUGCAUUAAUUCUACUUGUGUGUUUUUUUUUUUUUUGUCAUCUCAAGGAAAGUGAAGCACCUCCAAGUGUGAGCAUAUAUCGGUAAAUUUACUAAAGCUUCUAAAAGUGAAAAGAGGUGAUUGUUGCCCAUAGCAACCAAUCGGAUUCUCUUUAUCAUUUCUUUAUUGUAUUAUAGGAAAUGAUAGAGGGAAUCUGAUUGGUUGCUAUGGGCAACAUCACCUCUUUUUUCACUUUUACCAGCUUUAGUAAAUUUACCCCUUAGCCUCAAAUGAUGAAAAAUAACUUUUCCCUGAUUCUCAGUCCUUGGAAUUAAAGUGAACUGAACAAAACUUUGUUGUGCUCUGACCUUGCCUGCACCAAACCCUCCCAUGUUUUCAGAUAUCCUUCUUACAGUGAGGUACUGUACCUCAGGGUGUACUCCUCUUUUGUUUGACUUAUACAAUGGUAGUUACAAUGUUUGUAUCGGGUUGGAUAUGAAAUCCCGGCGGAUGGGAUGCUGGCUGUCAAUAUCCUGACAGCAGCAUCCCGCCCGCCAGAAUGCCGGCAGCGUGGCGAGCGCAUAGAGACCACUUGUGGGCUCGCCAUUCUGCAGGCACGGUGCCUCGCUGCGCUCACCACAGGUUAUAUUCUCACUCUAUGGGUGUCGUAGACACCCACGAGUGGGAAUAGCUCUGGUGAAGCUGUCGGGAUUCCGGCGUCUGGAUCCUGAACGCCGAGAUACUAACUACAUCCCAUUUGUAUCACAUGUAUUAAUCUCUGUCUGCCUCUCUCAGUAACCUUUCCACAAAAGUUUAUGUACAAGAACCUGUCCAUCCUUUAUGCCUGACUUGUGUAGUGCAGGGUACACUGUCGGUGCGGUCACUGGAGGAAGGGCUCAGGCAUGGCAUGUUAUAUUUAUAAACCACCUUGUGAUUAGAGAUUUAAGAUGGGGGUGCAGAUUUUACAUUGCUGGAUAAGAGGGCAAAACCAAUUAAAAGAUAAAGAGAUUGAGGCACACUUGGAGCUGUUGCACUGAAGGCCUUAGUAUCACACUAAAUGCUGUGAUUAUUUGGCUGCAAAAUAGCUCUAAUGCAGGCCUGGCCAACCUGUGGCUCUCCAGCUGUUGUAAAACUACAAGUCCAUCAUGCCUUGCCACAGUUUUGCUAUUAGGGAAUGCUAAAACUGUGGCAGGGCAUGCUGGGAUGUGUAGUUUCACUACAUCUGGAGAGCCACAGGUUGGCCAGGCCUGCUCUAAUGACUAAGAGAAUGAUUUGAUAGUUGCUCAGUGCAUGUUGCCAUAUUUAUGAGAGCUUUUCCAGAAUUGCUGAUUUGGGGUAUAUAAGUAAACUGCCGUGCUACUUGCAUGUAAUGCUUCUGAAGAUGACGCUGAAUGAAGUAUAACAUGUAUUGCAACAUGCAUGCACAUUGUGGCUGAGGUGUUUCUGAACUCUGUAUGUGCGCUGUUUUAUAAAUAUAAUAAAUCAGGCAUGUAAGAAAAUACUGCAGUUUCUAAUCACCCCAACUCGCUGUCUUGUUCUGUCACCUAAAUAAAACAUCACUGUAGUACUAAGUUUUAUUUUUUAAGAUUAUAAUCCAUCCGAUUAAUUUAUUUUAAUGUGCAGUUGACGGUAUUCGCUCUUUGUAGUUCACAUUAUGUCACUGAUCAAAGACAAUUCAAUUCAUUAGUGCUACAACCAAUUUCACUGACAAAAUGGCUGCUUCCUCUGUAAGUAAUACGUGCCAUUGUUCCAUUGUGUUGGUUUGAUUUUUAGGUGCACUUUGCAGAUUGUCAAAAUCUAUACAUUGUUUGCAUAUCUUUCCUUGGAAAUUAAUGUGUGAAUCAUGGCUGUGGCAGAAAUAUUACUUCCAAAAUGAACAAAAAUGUAAUACUGUUGGUGUCUCAUGGCUUUGACUGCAUUGUUUUGUAUUAAAAUCAUUUUUCAGAA